GGUAACCCAUGCACCAUGGCCAACUACGCCCGCCUGAAGAAGGCCCUCCUGGCGCUGCAGACCCGCCUGCAGCCACUCCAUGAAGGGGACAGCAGACAAGACCCUGCUUCCCAGAAGCGGCUCCUGGUGGAAUCUCUGUUUAAGGACGUGGAUGUAGACGGGGACGGCCACCUCAGCCGCUCUGAACUGGCCCAGCACAUGCUGAAGGAGCAGGGCCUGGAAGAGGACUUCCUGGGGUGCUCACCAGGCGACCUCCUCCGAUUUGAUGACGACAACAAAGACGGCCUCCUGACCCUCCAUGAGUUCUACACAGCCUUCCAGGUGGUACAGCUCAGCCUCGCCCCUGAGGAGAGGGUCAGUGUGGCCACAGUGACCGUGGGCCUGAGCACAGUGCUGACCUGCGCUGUCCGCGGAGACCUGCGGCCGCCCAUCGUCUGGAAGCGCAACGGGCUGGCCCUGAACUUCCUGGAUUUGGAAGACAUCAAUCAGGACUUUGGAGAGGACGACUCCCUCUACAUCACCAAGGUGACCACCAUCCACAUGGGCAAUUACACCUGCCAUGCCUCUGGCUACGAGCAGCUGUUCCAGACCCACGUCCUGCAGGUGAAUGUGCCACCCGUCAUCCGUGUCCAUCCAGAGACCCAGGCACAGGAACCCGGAGUGGCAGCUAGCCUGAGAUGUCACGCAGAGGGCAUUCCUAUGCCCAGAAUCACUUGGCUAAAAAAUGGCAUGGAUGUCUCAACCCAGAUGUCGAAACAGCUUUCCCUUUUAGCCAAUGGGAGCGAACUCCACAUCGGCAGUGUUCGGUAUGAAGACACAGGGGCGUAUACCUGCAUUGCCAAAAAUGAAGUGGGCGUGGACGAAGAUAUUUCCUCCCUCUUCAUCGAAGACUCGGCUAGAAAGACCCUUGCAAACAUUCUAUGGCGAGAAGAAGGCCUCAGUGUGGGAAACAUGUUCUACAUCUUCUCCGACGAUGGCAUAAUCAUCCUGCACCCAGUGGACUGUGAGAUCCAGAGGCACCUCAAACCCACAGAGAAGAUCUUCAUGAGCUACGAAGAAAUCUGUCCUCAAAGGGAAGGAGGCACCACCCAGCCCUGCCAGUGGGCCUCAGCAGUGAAUGUCAGGCACCGCUACAUCUACGUGGCCCAGCCCGCGCUGAGCAGAGUCCUCGUGGUCGACGUGCAGGCCCAGAAAGUCCUCCAGUCCAUAGGUGUCGACCCUCUGCCGGCUAAGUUGUCCUAUGACAAAUCACAUGACCAAGUGUGGGUCCUGAGCUGGGGGAACGUGCAUAAGUCCCAACCAAGCCUCCAGGUGAUCACAGAGGCCAGCACCGGUCAGGGUCAGCACCUCAUCCGCACGCCCUUUGCAGGAGUGGACGAUUUCUUCAUUCCUCCAACAAACCUCAUCAUCAACCACGUCAGGUUCGGCUUCAUCUUCAACAACUCUGACCCUGCAGUCCACAAAGUCGACCUGGAAACACUGAUGCUCCUCAAGACCAUCAGGCUGCAGAGCCACGGCUGCCUGCCGCAGGCCAUGGCCCACACCCACCUGGGCGGCUACUUCUUCAUCCAGUGCCGACAGCACAGCUCCUCUCCAGCCGCCCCGCAGCUGCUGCUCGACAGUGUCACAGACGCCGUGGUCGGCCCCAACGGCCACGUUACCGGCACCCCACACACUUCCCCCGAUGGGCGCUUCCUAGUCAGCGUCGCCUCCAGCAGCCCCCAGCUUCACGUGCAGGAGAUCACGCUGCGGGGGGAGAUCCAGACCCUCUAUGACCUGAAAGUGAGCCAGGGCGUCUCAGAUGUGGCCUUCCAGCCCUCCUUCACCCAGGGCGACCAGUACUACGUCUAUGCCACGCUAGAGACAGAGCCGGACCUGCUCUUCCUAGAGCUGUCCACGGGGAAGACAGGCAUGCUGAAGGGCUUGAAGGAGCCGCCCGCGCCCGCGGGGCCAGCCCGAGCCUGGGCUGGGCCCCGCAGGAUUGUGAGGGACAGCGGGCUGUUCGGGCAGUACCUCCUCACGCCGGCCCGAGAGUCACUGUUUCUCAUCAACGCGAGACAAAAUGCGCCACGGUGUGAGGUGGCGGGAGUAAAGGGAGGGACCACAGUGGUGUGGGUGGGCGAGGUAUGAAGCAGCCACGAGUGCCGCCUGGUACUGACACCGCAGCCCCAAGCAGGCACCCUGUACAUUUUUACAGACAAAAGCAAAAACCUGUAUUCGCUUUGUGGUUCAACACUGGUCUCCUUGCAAGUUUCCUAGUCAUAAGGUAUGCGCUGCUAACAAGAUGGGGGUUUUUCGUUAGAACGUAUGAUUUCUGCCUUGAGCUACAAUGAGAAUAUGCUGCCGUGUAAAGGAAUCAUUUCUGCGCCCAGCUACGCGCCACGUUACCUGGGCCGCCAUGGAACCAGGAGCUCCUGCUUUCCAGGCGGAUGCUUCUGUCGGUUGCCUUCGCCUAGUCAUUCUCCAGGGUCCGGCCAGACUUCACCCUGAUGUGGCCUGAAGACACAGGCUCCCCGGAGCAGGGCUCUCCCUCCUGGUGUGAGAGCCACAUCGCCCUCGCUCUGGACCUCAUUUUCUCCUUCGCAGUUGCUUCUUGCUUUUCUUUCCAUUUGACUUCUUGUAAGCCUGAGGGAGAGCCAACAAGACUUAUUGCAUCUUGGGGGAUGGGGAAAUCACUCACUUUAUUUUGGAAUUUUUGAUUAAAAAAUAAUUUUUUAUAAUCUCAAAUGCUAGUAAGCAGAAAGAUGCUCUCCGAGGUCCAGCUGUAAUUCCUCCCUGCCUUAGGCCAUGGCUCUGAGAGUCACCACCCCACAUCCAGAAAGAAGACAAUGGCCACCAAGCGAUCGUGCUCCUUUGCACCAGGGACACCCCCAAGUGCAGAUCAGGCCACCACAUUGGUAAAGGCUCCGUUCUGGGUUGGGACCCCAAGAGACCAAGACAAACCCUGCGUGCCUGCUUUUCACUACUGAAGGGGGACAUUUAUUAGCCAGCCCAGUACCCCAGAUUCAGGGCAGACCAGGCUUGCCUGGAAAGGUGUGUGCGGCCUGCAGAACAGUGGCCUCCAGGCUCAAUGCAGAAACCCGAAGGAUACAAGUGGGGUUCAGGCGGGUUCCUUAGGCUAUCCCUUUUAAAACCCCAUUUAUCUUCUCCCUGUGGCCCUCGCACUCAGCUCUGGCCACCCCAGUCCCUGCAUCAUCAUAGCACAGACAGCACAUUUCAGUAAGUGUUUCUUACACUUAGGUCCCUCUCUCCCCAGUAAUACACAAGGAUACGGGCUGGCACUGCGGCAUUAUUCCCAAAUGUCUCAGGCUGUGGUAGGCUCUCCACUGGGCAUCAAAGAAGUACAACCCAACAGCCCCGUGAAGAGAGCCCAUAUCAGAGAAUCUCAGCAAGGAAGAGGCCCCCUUGGGUUCUCAAAACACCCCUUUCCUUCUCGUGCACAUCAGUGGCCAAAUUGCACUUGUAUGCCUUCUGGCUUGAAGGGUCAUUUUUCAAGCCACCUGAAGUUGGAAGAGGUGGUCCCAUCACAGACACAUUAGGUUAGAUGUCUUCACCUGCCAACAUGGCCAUGAGUUUCUUGGGCUGCUGAGGAAUGGCCCCUGUCAGAGAAAGGAAGACACAGACCUUGCCUCACUGGAAACAGAGCUUCUCACUCCCACCUAACUGCCCAACCCACCGCCUGCCACAGAGUUCCUGACAUUGGCCAAUCCUCUAGUGUGUUUCAUGCAUCUCAGUCCACCAAACUCUUGUCCCCAACAACCCCCAGGGUGUGCCUAGACAAAUACAUUCAUAGAUUUUUUUUAAGAUACAAUAUGUAGAUAUAGGUUGAAGAAACUGACCUCAAAAGCCUAAUAUUUAGUUUCAUAAUAACUGGGAUGGAUGGAAAACACAUCUCACCUUUUUUUUUUAUUCCUGCCUCAAUGUCUUGACACAUUUUCUUCCAAAGUCCCACUUCUACCCCUUAAAUUCUCCAACUUUCGUGAGCUUCUUCCUUUGGAAAACAUCUUCUGAAUUGUAGCAGCCCCUGGAAGAAAAAGAAAGUCUCUGAGCCUACAUGAGGAAGAGCCCACCAACUGCCAGGCCAGAACACUGGCCCCUCUGGACUGCAGGACUGCUGAGUAAAAGACCAAUCCAGUCCCAACUGGCCUUUUCAACUGGGAGUGACUUCAGCGGCACCUGUUCCUUUUCCACAAUUCCUUCCACUUCUAAGUGUGUCUGGAAAGCUUCUCUGCCUCUCGUCGUACCUGUGAAGUUGCAAAGCUGGAGAUGGCCAGUUUAGGUCUUGCUGCCAGCAUUUCAGACACAAUUAAAUAGGAGAGGGGAAUCACAGCCCUGAAAACUGUGAAAUUUGCAAAUUCACAAAGUCAAUGUUUUUUCAGCAGUGCAACUGACUGAAGGGCUGGCUAGGACUCCACCUGCCCCUUUCUCCCACACAUUAGCCCCAGCAGAGGCUCGUGGAACACAGUUUGAAAGCCACUGGGGUACGAAGUCAUCACAACAGCCAGCGAUCCUUCUGAUGAACACAAAUUAUCGGCUAUCUACUAAUAUUUCACAUUAAAGGAGUAUUCGUUUUACCAAAAGAAUCACCCCCAAAGCCACUUACGUGAUGAGCUAUUUCAAAAUUACUGGAUUUUGAAAUAAAAUUCAUUUCACAAAAAUUCAACGUAGAUUUUUUUCCAGACUAACAAACAGAAGUAAUCGACACCUACGGUGACAUUAAAGAUUUGAACUGGAGGCCCUCACUUUCCUUCUGCCCAAGUGAGCAAGACCCCACAUGGAGGUUCGCGGUCCAAACGCCCACGCAGCCACCCACGGAUUGAUGGUGGGAAGAGAGAUUUGUCUGCUUCUAGACGCCUGCAUGGACUUUCUGUGCAAGUAAGCUUGGUUGUGAACCACACACAGAGUGAGGCAGAUGCCAUCAUCGCAGCCCCAGUAACACUGAGCCUGCGAGCCCUGCCUGGGGCUGGCCCAGGCCCCUUUUUUAAGGCUCCAAGUCAUUUGAGGGUCCUGCUACUUUCCCCAAGCCCCCAGAAGUAGCUGGAAGAGCCCUGUAAAGUCUAGGCUGGGGCCACACUCAUACCAAGCUUCAUAUUCUGUGACCUAGAGAUAGCAUCACGGGAGACAGAAGCUCAGUCCCUGCAAUCCCGCCCCCGCCCCCAUCUCAGCCUCCCAGAUCCAGGUAAGUGCCCUGGAGGACAGCACUCCAGCCCGAAUAAAGCCAAGAACCGCCUGCUGCCCCAGGGAAUUGUAACUGCUGAGUCUUCACUGAGGAAAGCAGCCUGGAGUUGGCUUUGUGUGGCCCCCUCUUCUUUUCUGCUGACCAAAUAACCUGUGAACUAAAGGAGAUUUCAGAACUGAGAUGUGAAACAGCUUCAUGAUGGAUAUAUUUUUCUACAAGGGGCUUAAAUAGUAAUCCAUUCAUUUUUCACAAUGUGUUUCAUUCAGGUACCACGGACACUGCACCAUUUCAUUACCAAAUCCCACAGCUCACUCUCCCAUCCUCCUCUUCAGAAGCCAGCCUCCAGGAGCAAUGAUACUGCUCCCAACGCCCUCCUAUACAUCCACCAAUCUACCUCACAUCCUCCUUCUUCCACACGGCACCUCCAACUUGCACCUGGCACCUCUGAGCCAGGAGGCCAGACAGGUGAUGUAGGAUGACAACGAUGCCGACAUCGAUGGCAAAGUUCUUGGCCAUCCUCCCCCACCCAGGACCCCAGAUCCCACUCCAAGUGCAAUCAGAACCCACUGGGACACAGCCGCUUGCUACCCAAAAUCACACCCCCCAAACCCUAGCUCACAGCCCUUUGGAGUUAGGUGACCAAGACAAGCGAGAACUCAGAACUGUCAGGGAAGUCGGCUAUUAUCAGACAGAAACUGUCAGACGGGAAUAGAGACCAUAACAUCUCAGCCAAGCCCUUAGAGGGCUGAGCUACACCUCCCUCCAUCCUCACUUUGCUCUCUGCCUUUCCCGCUCCCUUCCUACGCCUGGGGCCUCCUGCUCAUGAGCCACUCCUACAACUCAAGGGGCAACUCACCUGACCACCACACCAGCCCCCAGUGGCCUUUGCAUGCUGCUUCCUUGCUUUGGGUACAAGUGAAAAGUCACUCAUAGGGCCAGAUGUUACUAUUUGCUCCCAGAUUGGCACAUAGGGAAAGCAGUUUUGUUCAAGAAAGUCACUAACUGCCUUGAUUUCUCUCCAAAAUGAAGAGAUCAUAGAACAGAGGGGCUUAAAAAAGUUCAAGGGGGAAAUAUACAGUGCUUAUACUCAAGGUGUGACUGCAAGACCCCAAAUACCUGGUGGACUACAACCCACUUCCUGCUUUUGUCUACACCAGGUUACCUGCCAAGCCACUUGAGGAUUUGAGCAUCUUAUCUGGGCCUUCAGGGUUUAGGCACCAGCCACGCAGCCGACACCUGGAGCCCAGCAAGCAUAGUUUCACCCAUCCUUUGGACCUGUGAGCAGCAUUGGGAAUUUAACCAAACGCAAUGUGUGAAAUUAUGGAAGAUAGGGGGAGAGCAGGAAUUGACCUCCAAAAUUCACAGCAAGGCUUCUUUAGCCAGCACAAGAGUGUUGAGCAUGUGCGUGGUUUUUGGACAAACGACAAUUCACAUACCCCUCUUUCCAAGCUCACCUUGACUAACAUGGGACCAUCCCUUUCUGCUGUGGCCCCAGGGAGCAGGCCAUGCCCUGGAGGGCUAUAGAGGGCUCAGUCUGCAUGCCACAAAGCAAUAACUGUCGACUCGACCCUACCCCCAGCCCAGUGACACACAGCUCACCACAUGUCACCAAGGCAGGAUCAGACAAUGCUGCCCAGUGGGGGCACUGUCUUCAAGAUCAUUUCUGAGGAAUGGCAACCAUCAUUGGCUGGAUAUGGGGCCCAAGAGCUCUCAAAUGAGAAAAUUUCCUAAAUCUAAACUUCAUGCACUGCCCAGCGUGACAUCGGCCAUAGCUUUAAGAGUUGUUUGUCCCUUGCUACUUUAGCUGCUUCAGAGAGGUGAGGGACAGUGGUCUGCAAGUCCCCCAUCCCAGACCCACAGCACAGCUUUCUGUGGUGCCCCCGACCCACACCCUGACUGCCUGGCUCCGGCGGCUGGCCAGCCUCCUCUCCGUUCCUGGUCCUGCCCCUUCGCAACCCAUCUCCCCCUCCCCCGCUGCUCGUGCUUCCUGAAGGCCGUGUGAGAUGAUCUAAAAGCAGACUAGGCAUGGAGUUUUGCUGCUGUAGUCACACACGCUGUGCUCAUGCUAUAGUGUAGUGAACGACCCUCGAGAUAUGCAGUCACACACACACAAUUUGUCCCAUUAGGAUUCUCAUCCUCCCCCACCUCAGAAAACUUCCAGAUCUCUUAUGUCGAGGCAGAUUACAUUAUUUUGAGCAGUUGUGUAGACUCCAAAAUAUAUUUUCUGUAAUCACUGGUACUUCUCAAAAGGCCUCCUGUAAUUACUAUACAUGUGAAUUUUUUCCUUAUUUAUAAAAUAUAUAUAAAUUAUUUUUAAUACAUCAACUUUAGUAGAAAUUUGUACCAACACAGCAACUGUAUGUGGCAUUGGAGGUAAGUUUGUGUUUACUUUGAUGUAUUUCACAGUAUUGGACACACCAUGUGUUUGCAGUACCACUUGAUAUAAAGACGAUUCACAGAUUAUCAUAAAGUAUUGUCAUUGUAAAUGCUCUUUUUCUGAGGACUUUACAAUAAA